GCGGACGACGCAAGGAUCGGGGAGAAAGCGGUGGCACGAGGAAGGAAAGAGCGCGGCUGGAGAGGGAGCAAAGCAGGCUCGGAAGAGGAUCGCCCCGCUUCCCUGGCUUUUCUCCGGGGAAACAAGGCAGCCCCCUUCCUUGGACGUGUCCCGCAGUCUCAGCUGUCGGAGCGCUUUGCCUGUGCGCCCGCGGCUUUCCCCGUCGUGCGGGGCUGCGGGCUUAUUCCCGCCCGCCUCUUCCUCCUCCCUCGGCCACCACACGGGGGUGGGGCGCGGGCGGGACGGGGAAACUAGCUGGGAUCGCGGGAGGAACGAGCAAAACGUGCGGGCCGUGCUGGUCGGCCCUUCCCACUUGAGGAAUGCAGCGCUGUUUCGCGUUUGGACAUACUGCAACACACACUCACACAGAGUGAGUACAUCAGAGGACCGUAGGACAAGAAACGGAAAAAGGAACAGUAAGAUCAGCAGAAGUAAUGGAUAUUUUUAAUGAUGAUGGGGCAGAGAGACUCCUGAAGGGUGGCUGCUACGGACCAUGAUGCUCAGACUCAGGAAGCAGUCCGCAAGCUUCGUGGAACUUGAGAACAAGCAAGCAAGCAAGCAAGCAAACAAACAAACAAGAACUCUCUUCAACCCGCCUUGUCAAUUCUCUACGAAAGCGUUCCAGCUAGCCAAUGAAAAGCCGGCAAAGAACACUUUCCCCGCCCUUCUGGCAUGGAGAAGGUGGUGUGUUCUUACUAGGCGGCUGGCCGGCUAAAGGUCAUUGUGCGCCUGCGCGGCAAGGUAAGAGGCUGUGCGCUUAAGAUUCGCUAUCGCUUCUCACGAGCCCAGGAGGCGAGGUGUCCGUCUUGCGACCCGAGAAGGCUAGAGGCGGCGGCGGCGGCGACGACGACGAUGGUGAAGUCUGAGAACGACAAGUGUGAGAAGGAGCCGUGGCGGGGUCAAUACUACAGGCUUGAGGAGAUCCAGAAGCACAAUCACAGUCAGAGUACCUGGAUUAUCCUGCACAACCGUGUGUAUGAUCUCACCAAGUUUCUGGAGGAGCACCCUGGUGGUGAAGAGGUACUACGGGAACAAGCAGGUGGAGAUGCUACAGAAAGUUUUGAAGAUGUUGGCCAUUCCACAGAUGCUAGAAAUUUGUCAGACACUUUCAUUGUGGGAGAACUUCAUCCAGAUGAUAUUGAAAAAAUUCAGAAACCGACGCCCCCUUACAUUACCACUGCUGAAUCUCAAUCCAGUUCAUGGACCAACUGGGUGAUUCCGGCGAUAGCAGCACUUAUUGUGGCCCUCAUGUACCGUUUCUACAUGUCUGAGUAAACGCCAUAUUAAGAAGUAGUAAUGGAACAUAUUGUUUUGGGGAAGAGAACCAAAAAUUCAUCUCUAACUAUCUUUACAAAAGGACAGUACCUGAAGCUUUUAAAAUCCAUCCUCUUUUUUCUGGAAAGCCAAACUAAAUUUGCUUCAGGAACAGAUUCUAAUGCUGCCUUUUACUUAACUGUUUCUAACUGCUAUAAAAGUGAAAAAUUCAUUAGCUAACCAUGUGAUACUGUCAUGCUAUUCUUGAAAUGAAGAACACUGAUGUUUAUGUUUUGAUAUAACAUAACUAACACUUGUCUAGUCAUUUUUAAAUCAAUUCUUUGAAAUUCCUUUGCCUGGACAACCAUAGUUGUAUCUAUGCAAAUUCCUCUCUCCUUUGGCUUGAGUUAGAAUGGUCUCAUACAGUUUUUUCCAUCCAUUUCUUAAGUAUAAUUGGUUCUUUUCUUCUUACAGAUAAGUAGCAAGUUUUCAGUAUGAGAAUAAGAAACUUCAGGUGUAAAGUUUGUUCUGUAGAAUAAUGCCUGGGAAUUGCCCAUUGCUCUCAUCAGUAGGACCUUCAAACUGACUCGAAGUGCUGGAGAAACAAUUCAGUGCAGCUCCUAACAAAAAGAAAUCCAGAUUUUUACUUUCAUUAUCUAUUUAAAUGUCAUAAGUCCAAAGAAGCAUAGUGAGACUUCAGGACCUAUAUGUUUGUGCAACUAUUGUCCUUCUGUUCCAUCAUGGAUACCAGUGAGAUACACUUUUCCUACAGAAUACAGCAAGCAAAAAUGUUUUCCAGUGUCUGUUUGUUGGAUGUUAACUCUUGAUUAAAUAAGGGAAAAAAUACAAAAAGAUUGCUAAAUAGCAUCUACCUUACCUGUAUGUAUAUUACUUGCUAAUAACACUUGUAUUAGUCAUAGAAGAACUUAUGGAAUAAAUUCAAAUGUUUACUAUAUCUUUUUUCACCCUAUGUGAGUGUUGUGGAGUCUAUCCAGCAUCAAAUUCAGUUGAUAACAAAGUAGUUCUGCUUUUUUAACAUGGGAGAAGGGUUCUGGGAGCACAUACCAUGUGAGAAGACUACAAGCCAAAAUGUGAAAUAAAUUCAACAUGUAAUUAUAAUAAAACUUCUAAACCACU